AUGCUGCACGACGCGUGGCCCGGCGCCUGGCACCGCGCCGAGAGCUUCGAGCUGGAGGCGCUGAUCGCCGAGGUGAACAACAACUGCCCCAAAGAGGGCGAGGCGGAGAGCGGCGCGGCCGACAGCCCGCCCCCGGCCGCCAGCUACCAGGAGCUGCGGCCCGCACACGCGCGCGACAUGCAGCCCUACGCGCUGGACGAGCCGCUGUUCAAGGCGGGCGCCGAGUUCGCGCGCGCCAGGAGCCCCGAGCGCAGCCCGCCGCGCAUCCACUACGAGCCCUACGCGCCGCACGCGCCCCACGCGCCGCCCGCCGCCUACGCGCACGACCACCACGCCGACGGUCCAAAAGCCGCUCAUGAAAUAGACCGAUGUCUUCCACCGCAGAGCCCCAUCGAUGAGGCAACGCCAGCUGCAUUCGGCGUUCACACAGAUAGUGAUAAGGGGAUUUCGCAAGCGUUCGUAUCGUUCGUUUCUGCAAAACGUGUCGUU